AUGAACGCUCUCUUCUACCCGGACAGUGGUGCACCUGCUCCCGUGUGCGCUCUGCCGUCUACCCCUCACCCUCCGGUGGUCAGCAGCGCUCUGAGGAACGACCUGGGCUCCAACAUCCACGUCCUCAAGACUCUCAACCUGCGAUUCCGCUGCUUUCUCGCCAAAGUCCACGAGCUGGAGAGACGGAAUAAACUUUUGGAAACUCAGCUGCAGCAGGCUCAGCAAAGGCACCAGUAUCGCUCGCUUUACGUCCGGGAUGUGGCGGUGCAGACAGAUGGGCCCGGGUCCAAGAUGCCCGGGACCAUUUGGAGUUUCACCCACGUCCGGAGGCAGGGGGAGAGGGUGGAGACGGUACAGGGGCCUGGGGUAACGUGGUCGCACCCGGACGGAGUAGGGGUGCAGAUCGACACCAUUACGCCUGAGUUGAGGGCUCUGUACAACGUCCUGGCUAAAGUCAAGAGGGAGAGGGACGAAUACAAGAGACGGUGA